CUAAUAAAUUUAAAUUUUCUUAAAACAUCGUUUACAAACAGCGCAAAAUGUCCAGUCAAGAGCGUCAAAUUCUCCGCAAGAUGGAUUUCCCGGAUAUGGCACGGGAAGCACUGCCAAUAAUUGAAAAUCUCAUCCACCGCAAUAAUCACGACAUCGCCAUGGAUCUGAUCGGGGAGUUCGUCUUCCGGGAACGGCGGGACGAGCAACGCGGUCAGCAGUAUCAAAAACAACCAAUCGCUCCAAGGCUAUCGUCGGUGGAGGAGUUUCAGCUGGUACUGGUUCUGUGUGAUUUUUUCUCCCGCCCGGGACCAGAUGCAACUCGGAAUGCGAUUUUCUUUUCCCUUUUUGGUGGUUCCAUCGGAAGGAGUAGCGUUCUUAAUAAGCUGAUCAGUACCGCUGUUUCCGGAUCUAUAGCACCGCUAUUAUGUGCAGCAGGAACGUGGAUGCAACAGCUCGGUUGUACCUCUCCUCCGAGUCUGGAACUGGCUCAGUGCAUCGUUAAGGAUUUUGUCAUAUUCUCCAACAAGUCAUCCGAGCAGCUUAAAUCCUUACCGAUGGUUGCGCCUCGUUUUGCGGCCAAUUUCAUGACAGCCGUUACAGAUCUUUACCUCAACGGGGGUAAAGGCCAGCUGGUAGCGCCGCCGGAUCUCCUACUGGACGUCAUUACCGAGUGGGUUGCGGAGAAUCCUGCUUUGUGCCUAGCCUCACAGCAGCCCAUGGCACUUCCCACGGGAGCAAUCGCAAUGCCUGUGGUCACUCCGCUAGCUGGACUAAUUCGUUGGUGUGUUCUUUCUAUGUUGAUUACGAAACAGCAAGAUUUGUACAGCAAACUGCAUCUGGCCGUGUUACAAAGCUUGCUGGAAGCGACUCCCCCUGUUUCUGCGCCCCCGAGCGCAUUGAAUGCUCAGCAUCUGGGACUUAUUAUCAAUUCCCUGCAAGCAGAAAUGGAGUCUCUGUUGAAGAUGGGAAAGUCACUGGACGAACAGUACAUCCACUGCUGCCUGGAACGGUUUGCCCAAGCUGUACAGGUGGGGCUAACUUCACGCUGUAUCUUUGGAAACAUUCCACAACUGGUGUGUCGAUUAGAGACCCUUCCAAGCAAAAACAAGCUGCUGCAGAUUGUUAUCAACGCAAACAAGGCUGUGUAAGUGUA